AUGAGCGUCCCACGGCCAGUCCCUCUGCUGACGCUCCUCGCACUGCUGGGUUUGGCGCAGGCUGCGCCGACCAAGCUGCUGCGCUCCAACGGCACCCACGUGCUGCUGCCGAGCGGCAAGCCGUGGCGCGGCAUCGGCGUCAACGUCAUGGACGAUUACAAGUGCGGCGUGUGCUGGGAGCGGCGCACAUCCAAAGAAGAGGUCGUGCGCCGCAUCUCGCUGGCCGUGGACUGCCUGGGCGUGUCCUGGGUGCGCUACACAAUCAUCGACGGCCUGGCCUGCGACGUGUACGACGGAGUGACGUGGUGCAAGGAGCGGCCGGCAUCCUUCCUGGAGAGCCCGGACCGGCUGGAGGCGCUGGACGCGGCGGUGGCGCUUGCGGAGCGGCGCGGCUUCUACAUAGAGAUUGCGCUGCUCGUCUCGUACACCUUCACCAGCCCCGCCAACGCCGACAAGCACCCGCCGGGGCAGCCCAGCGGCUGGCCGACCGCGGGCACCGCCCGGUUUUGGCGUGUGGUGGCCAAGCGCUACGCCAACCGCCCAUACGUCUUCUUCGGCAUCAUCAACGAGCCACACGAGAACUACGAUGGAAAGUGGGACAAAAAAUACACGCGGGCGGCGCAGGCAGUGGUAACCGCCAUCCGGGGCACGGGCGCCAAAAACAUGGUGGCGGUGGGCGCGUCCCGCGCAUGGGCUAGGUACGCCGACAGCUUUGUGAAGUAUCCCAUCCGAGAUGCCAACUGGGUGGCGGCGGUACAUUUGUACCUUCACCCCGAAGAGCUUCCCCCCAUCGCCCAGGGGUACUGCAAGAAGCAUGCAUGCAUUGUGGAGGAGUUUGGCCCCGCCACCGACCUUGGAUACACACUAGCAGAGUCCAAGUGGCAGCUCAAGUGGCUCAAGCGCCAACGCUGGCCGUUUGCUGGGUGGGUCUGGGACGAGGUGUGCAACCCCUCCAUGCUGGCCGCCAGGGACCCCUCGAGCGACCCGUGUGAAGACGGCCGCGCGCUGCGGCUGUCGCGGUGGGGCGCCGCCAUGCGCAACGCCACGGGCGGCGGCAGAAGAGCAUGCAGCCUGCUGGUAUGA